AUGGUUGUCAUGGCAGCCAGAUAUAACCAGAUCAAAGAAGUUGGCCAGGACAUAUUUCGCAAUAUUGUCAAUGAUUUGAAAAUCCUGGAGGAAGGAGUACUGAUCAAGGGCAAACUGCAAGCUCCUGUAGCGCCCAAUGUUAUUGUCGAUGAAGAAGUUAUUAUAGAAAGUGAUGAAAUAGCUGAUGAAAUUGAUGAUGAAAUUGAAGAAAUUUAUAACGAAAUAGAUCUUGCAGAAGAUAGAGAAGAAGACAGUGAAGAAGAAGAAGACGAGGAAGAAGAGCAGGAAGCAGAGGAGACUAAGGGAAAGAUCAAAUUUGAAUCUAUAUUUAAUGAACUGAAAUCAUUUCAUGCGGUGUCUUCACUUCCAAAUGAUAUAUUUCAUGACUUAUUAGAAGGGGGAAUUUCACAAGAUUCAGCAGCUGGAGUCAGAAUUAUUGUUAAAAGAAAAAAAUUAACUAUUGAGAUGUUGAAUACAGAAAUUCGAAACUUUCCCUACUGUUCAACAGAUGAAAGACCAAGCUAUUUCAAAGAAACCAGACCCAAACGGGAAAAAUUGCCUGGCAAAGCGAUGGCAAACUUAAUGUUCAUGAGAAUCGUGCCAUAUCUAUUGGAAUCAUACCUGGAAAAUGAUCAGGAUGAAGUAGCUCAAAUGUUCAUCAUAAUGGCGAGGAUAUUAGAAAUGUGUCUCAGCCGAGCAUACUCCUCCAGUGACAUUGAAGUCCUAGAAGACUUGAUCUUUCAAUACUUUACAAUAAGGAUAAAAGUUGAUGAUGAGUAUCCUGGAUUUUUUCCCAAGAUUAAACCAAAGCACCAUUACUUGAUUCAUGUACCAGAUAAAUAA